UCCUCCUAGAGAGAGAAAACAUCAGGCAUAGGUAAUUGGAAGGUUGUAAGAGAGAGAAAGGAAAUUUUGGUCUUUUUUGUGUGUUCCAAUGGUUCAACUGGGAACCCAAAGCAGGGUUGUGAGAAGAAAGAAAAAUUUAAUCUUUUUCUGAUGGGUUGUCCUGAGCCUAUGAUCUUGUGAGAACCCAGAAAGCGAUCUUUGAUGCGCUCAUAGGAUUGGCCGAUUCAACCCCAAACGUCUUUGGUGGCCGUUGAUUUCGUUAUUUCAUUGUUUUCCUUUUUUGUUCCCUCCGAGAUAUGAACGGUGGCGAUGAGGUCGUCGCAGCUCCGGCGGGUCCACCGAACCCUCUGGAGUGGAAAUUCUCGCAGGUUUUCGGCGAACGCACGGCCGGUGAAGAGGUUCAGGAAGUUGACAUAAUUUCUGCUAUUGAAUUUGACAAGUCUGGUGAUCAUCUUGCUACUGGUGAUCGUGGUGGUCGAGUUGUUCUAUUUGAGAGGACAGAUACAAAAGAUGCUGGUGGAUCAAGAAGGGAUCGGGAGAGGAUGGACUAUUCUAUUAGUAGGCAUCCUGAGUUCCGUUAUAAAACAGAGUUUCAGAGUCAUGAGCCCGAGUUUGACUAUCUCAAGAGCUUGGAAAUAGAAGAGAAAAUCAACAAAAUCAGAUGGUGCCAAACAGCUAAUGGUGCCCUCUUCCUUCUUUCUACAAAUGAUAAAACCAUAAAAUUUUGGAAGGUUCAAGAAAAGAAAAUCAAGAAAAUUUCUGAGAUGAAUGUUGACCCUUCAAAAGCAAUGGGAAAUGGCAGUAUUGGUAGUUCAAGUAGUUCUAGGGCAUAUCUUGCAAAUGGAGGAGCUCCAGAUAGAUCACACAAUAACCUAAGCAAUGACUACUCAUUUCCACCAGGAGGCAUUCCAUCACUAAAGUUACCUGUGGUAAGUAGCCAGGAGACGAGUUUAUUGGCUCGGUGCCGCAGAGUAUAUGCCCAUGCUCAUGAUUAUCAUAUCAAUUCUAUUUCAAAUAACAGUGAUGGCGAAACUUUCAUAUCAGCCGAUGAUUUGCGUAUAAAUCUUUGGAAUCUGGAAAUUAGCAAUCAAAGUUUUAAUAUUGUCGAUGUAAAGCCUGCAAAUAUGGAGGAUCUGACAGAGGUAAUAACAUCAGCAGAAUUCCACCCUACACAUUGUAAUACGUUGGCAUACAGCAGUUCAAAGGGUUCAAUCCGCCUAGUUGACUUGCGGCAAUCAGCAUUAUGUGAUUCGCAUACCAAAUUGUUUGAGGAACAGGAGGCCCCUGGGUCCAGAUCAUUUUUCACGGAGAUUAUUGCUUCUAUCUCAGACAUAAAAUUUGGGAAGGAUGGAAGAUACAUACUUAGCCGUGAUUAUAUGACUCUAAAGCUAUGGGACAUAAAUAUGGAUUCAGGCCCGGUUGCAACUUUCCAGGUUCACGAGUAUUUAAGACCUAAGCUUUGUGAUCUAUAUGAAAAUGAUUCAAUUUUUGACAAGUUCGAGUGUUGUCUGAGCGGUGACGGGUUGCGUAUUGCUACUGGCUCUUACAGCAACUUAUUCCGUGUGUUCGGUUGUGCCCUGGGAAGUGCCGAGGCUACAACUUUGGAAGCCAGUAAAAAUCCAAUGAGACGACAAGUUCCAACCUCUACACCAAGGCAAAGAUCCCUCGGAAACAGUAUAACAAGAGUUGUAAGACGAGGUACAGAAGCCCCAGGUGUUGACGCGAAUGGGAAUUCUUUUGAUUUCACAACAAAGUUGCUGCACUUGGCAUGGCAUCCGACUGAGAAUUCAAUCGCUUGCGCGGCCGCAAAUAGCUUGUACAUGUACUAUGCGUAAAGGAAGACAAAACGAUGAAAGAGGACAUGACAUGACGUGUAUUUUGCAUGGUUAAAUUGCUGUGGAGAAGGCUGCUUCUUUUCCCUUGUUACCUUACCUACCAACCACACUGGGUUGGAGGCUAUAUUACAUUAACAACUCUCACACACACUAGAAAAAAAAGUCAAAAGUGCCCUUCAGAGCCUGUUUUGGAAAAUGAUGCAGAAGUGGCUGUUUCUGAAUUCCCCAGGGGUAGGCACAGACCUUAUUUUUGUUCUCCUUCCAACCCUAAUAUUCUUUUCUCCCCCUUUAUUUCUCUGUAUCUUCUUCUGAAAGAGAAGGUGCAAAUCAAUGUUUCAAAUUGUGUUAUGGCUUGCAAGUGAAGAAGAAAAAUGUCAUUGUAGCUCUCCUGCAACAGAUACUAAAGGAUGUUCAAUAUCUGCCAUUAGGAUCAAGAUUGAAAAAAAAAUGUAGCUUUUCUUUUCUUUUCUUUUCUUUUUUUCCUUUUGCCCAGAUCUCUCUGUGGAAUGGAGCAGUUGAAACCUGCAGUGCAUCAUUUUUUCAUUGAUUAUUUUUGUGCUGGAAUUUAAUUUGACA